CCGAGGCGAGAGGUGGCCGCGGCUGCGCUGGGCUCUGGCCACUGAGGGCCGCGCGGGGGCGGGGAGGGCGGCGGGAGGCGCCUGUCGGGCUGGGCCACGUGACUGCAGAGGUUCCCACCCUCAGUCCCUACCCCGGCCAGGUGUUCGAAUCCAGCCACAGACCUGGCGGCGGCCCGGCCCCGCGGGCGCCGGGGCUCAUGGCGGCGCCGGUCCGCCUGGGCCGGAAGCGCCCGCUGCCCGAGUGCCCGAACCCGCUCUUCGUGCGCUGGCUCACCGAGUGGCGCGACGAGGCGGCCAGCAGGGGGCGCCGCACGCGCUUCGUGUUUCAGAAGGCCCUGCGCUCCCUCCGGCGGUACCCACUGCCCCUGCGCAGCGGGAAAGAAGCUAAGAUCCUGCAGCACUUCGGAGACGGGCUCUGCAGGAUGCUGGAGGAGCGGCUGCGCCAGCACCGAGCGUCCGGCGGCGGCGGCGAUGGCGAUGGCGAUGGCCAGGGCUCACCGUCCGGAGCGAGGAGUGCCCCCGGCGAAGGGCCGCCCGCCCAGGCCCAGGCCCCUCCCGUGGCAGCCUCCGCGCAGCCCCAGGCCGGCGGCUCCGGUGGCUACUGGCCGGCUCGGCACUCAGGGGCCCGGGCGGUGCUGCUGCUGCUGUACCAGGAGCACCUGAACCCCGAGGGCGGCUUCCUGACCAAGGAGGAGCUGCUGCAGCGGUGCGCUCAGAUGGCCGCCAGGGUCACUCCCGGGAGCUCGCGGUCCUGGCCAGCGCUCCGCUCCCUGCUCCACAAGAACCUGGUGCUCAGGGCGCACCAGCCAGCCAGGUACUCGCUCACCGCGGAGGGCCUGGAGCUGGCCCAGAAGCUGGCUGAAUCAGGACCGCGCUCGGUGGACGCGGGCGUGGGGCCUGAGCAGCCUCCCGGGGAGGAGUCGGCAGUGCCAGGGGCGGCCCCGGCUGAGCUUGGCGCCAGCGCGGGGAGUGUCCAGCAGGCAGCGCUGGAGCUGGGGCCCGGGGAGUACAGGGUGCUGUUGUGUGUGGACGUUGGUGAGACCAGGGGGGCGGGGCACAGGCCCGAGCUACUCCGAGAACUCCAGCGGCUGCGUGUGAGCCACACGGUGCGCAAGCUGCACGUCGGGGACUUUGUGUGGGUGGCCCAGGAGACCCAGCCCAGGGACCCAGCAAGGCCAGGGGAGCUGGUGCUGGACCACAUCGUGGAGCGCAAGCGGCUGGACGACCUGUGCAGCAGCAUCGUGGACGGCCGCUUCCGGGAGCAGAAGUUCCGGCUAAAGCGCUGCGGCCUGGGGCGCCGAGUGUACCUGGUGGAGGAGCACGGCCCGGCCCAGAACCUCAGCCUCCCAGAGAGCACGCUGCAGGCCGUCACCAACACCCAGGUCAUCGACGGCUUCUUCGUGAAGCGCACGGCGGAUAUCAAGGAGUCGGCGGCCUACCUGGCCCUCAUGACUCGGGGCCUGCAGAGUCUCUAUCAGGGCCACACCCUACGCAGCCGCCCCUGGGAGCCCCCCGGGGACCCGGGAUCUGAGACCAGGCCCAGCCCGAACCCCCUGUGCUCACUCCUCACCUUCAGUGACUUCAACGCGGGAGCCAUCAAGAACAAGGCCCAGUCCGUGCGAGAGGUUUUUGCGCGGCAGCUGAUGCAGGUGCGUGGAGUGAGUGGGGAGAAGGCAGCGGCGCUGGUGGAUCGAUACAGCACCCCGUCCAGCCUCUUGGCCGCCUAUGAUGCCUGCGGCAGCCCCGAGGAGCAGGAGAUGUUGCUCAGCACCGUCAAGUGCAGGCGUCUGCAGAGGAACCUGGGGCCUGUUCUGAGCAGGACCUUAUCCCAGCUCUACUGCAGCUGCGGCCCGCUGACCUGAGCUGUGCCGGGAGGCAGAGCCCCGGCUCCCUCCCUCCCUCCCUCCCUCCCAGGCCUUUUAACCAGGGCCUCGGGCCACAAUAAAAAUGAAGUCUGCAGCCAAAA